UAAUUGUAGGUAAUUUUGUUUGAAUAAAAGUCAUUUUUUCACACAGCUUCGAUAAUAGACGGAGAUUGGUUAGAGAUCUCUGGUUCUACUUUAGGGCUUGGGCGUGGAAUAAGAAUUAGAUCCCUAAUAAGAAGAGUCCAGUCCACAGCUUCUUCGUCCUGUUCAGUACAGAGGCGGUAGGGUUUUGUAGAUAGAGGAGGAGGAGGAGGAGAUUGGCUGCGGAUUCGGAAGAGCUACAUUUAGCCUGUAAGAUGGCGCGGAAAGCUGAAGCCUCUCGGCCGUCUACUUCUAGUGAAGCAUCGGAUUCCAGUGAUCAUGUUGGACUGCCUACUAGAUCAGCUUUUCUCUGGGUUGCCUUGUUUGUGCUCUUCCUGAAUAGUUCUUGGGCUGUUUACCAUAUCCAAUUCGAGAGUCUACCUUCACCUCUCACCGCUGACCGAGCAGGCAAGCGUGGUUUCUCUGAAAUUUCGGCUUUACAGCAUGUCAAAAGUUUGACAGGAUUUGGUCCUCAUCCCGUUGGUUCUGAUGCGCUUGAGCUUGCAAUACAGUAUGUAUUUGCAGAAGCAGAGAAGAUUAAGAAGACGGCUCAUUGGGAGGUUGAUGUUCAAGUGGAUUUGUUUCAUUCAGAGACUGCUGCAAAUCGUCUUUCCAAGGGACUCUUCAAGGGGAAAACACUUAUAUAUUCAGAUCUGAAGCAUGUAGUCCUGAGAAUCUUGCCUAAAUACCUGCCUGAAGUUGAAGAAAAUGCUAUUCUGGUUUCUUCGCAUAUUGAUACUGUUUUCUCAUCGCAAGGAGCCGGUGACUGCAGCUCAUGUGUGGGAGUCAUGUUAGAACUUGCUCGUGGAAUGUCUCAAUGGGCCCAUGGUUUUAAGAGUAGUGUCAUCUUUCUGUUUAAUACUGGCGAGGAAGAGGGUCUUAAUGGCGCUCACAGUUUUAUAACACAGCAUCCAUGGAGAAGCACUAUCAGAUUUGUAAUAGAUCUUGAAGCUAUGGGUAUUGGUGGAAAGUCCAGUGUUUUUCAGGCUGGUUCGGUACCAUGGGCUAUUGAAACCUUUGCAAGGGUCUCAAAAUAUCCAUCUGGUUUAGUCAUUGCUCAGGAUCUCUUUCAUUCUGGUGCAAUUCAAUCUGCAACAGAUUUCCAGGUUUAUGAAGAAGUUGGUCAUCUUUCUGGACUUGAUUUUGCAUAUACAGAUGCUACUGCAGUGUAUCAUACCAAGAAUGACAAAUUGAAGCUUUUGAAACCAGGAUCUCUUCAGCAUCUUGGAGAAAACAUGCUGGCAUUUCUUAUCCAUUCUGCCGCAUUAAAUAAUCUUCAGAAAGAAAUGGAAGUAAAAACAGAGAAUAUUGGGCAAAGUAAAGCCAUCUUUUUUGACAUCCUGGGUACGUACAUGAUUGCCUAUCCACAACGUCUUGCGACAAUGUUGUGUAACUCGGUGAUAAUGCAGUCUCUCCUUAUUUGGACUACAUCACUUCUCAUGGGCGGAUAUCAUGGUGCCAUGACAUUUGGAUUAUCAUGUUUAAGCAUUUUGCUCAUGUGGAUCGGUUCACUAAGCUUGACAAUCUUGGUUGCCAUUCUAAUACCAUAUAUUUCUACCUCCCCUGUACCUUAUAUUGCAAACCCGUGGUUAGUGAUUGGCUUAUUUGGUGGACCUGCCAUGCUUGGGGCAUUAGCUGGUCAACAUCUGGGCUUUCUUUUCAUCAUCAAAUAUUCAAGAGACGUUUUUUCAAAGAGAGUGCCAAUAUUACCAUCACAGACUCUAGAAAAUGUAAUUCGGUUGGAGGCUGAAAGAUGGCUUUUCAAAUCUGGUUUUAUUCAGUGGCUUAUUCUUCUUAUAGUCAGCAACUACUUCAAGGCUGGGAGUUCAUAUGUUGCCCUUGUUUGGUUGGUCACACCAGCUUUUGCUUAUGGUCUAAUGGAAGCAACACUGACCCCAUCACGGCUUCCCAAGCAGCUUAAAAUUACAACACUAAUUCUGAGUCUAUCACUACCUAUUUUGCUAUCUUCUGGUACACUAAUUCGGGCUGUUGGCACAAUAAUUGGCAUUCUUGUCCGAUCGGAAAGGAACCCUGGUGCCAGACCCGAAUGGCUUGGGAGUCUUGUAGUUGCUGUAUUAGUUUCUGCAAUUGUUUGUCUUACACUAGUUUACCUCCUUUCAUACAUUCAUCUUUCAGGUGCAAAAAGACCAGUGAUCAUUUCAAUUCUUAUGCUUCUCGCACUUGCAUUGGCUGCUGUAAAUACUGGCCUCUUUCCAACAUUUACCGAAGACUUUUCUCGGGCUGUAAAUGUUGUGCAUGUGGUGGAGACAAAAGGAAACUCUGAUGAAAAUCAAGAUGCAUCAUCCUUCAUUUCAUUAUUCUCUUCUACCCCUGGAAAACUGUUUGAAGAAGCAAAGAAUUUAAAGGAUGAAGAAUUCACUUGUGGAUGGAAUAAGACGGUUGAUUAUGUUUCUUUUACUGUUAAAUAUGGCUGCUGGAGUUCCAAAGAUUCCAGAAGUGGAUGGAGUAAUUCAGACAUCCCUGUAGUCCAUGUUGAACAUGAUUCUAGGACGACAAAUGGUAGAGAAACGAAAGUAUUUAUUGACACUAAAACUUCAAAACGUUGGUCACUUGCUAUCAAUAGAGAAGCAAUCAGAGACUUCACAUUUGAAGUGGACGCGCAAGAAUUGGUACCAGUCGGCCGCAAGAGCGAGGUUGAUGGAUGGCAUUUGAUUCAGUAUUCAGGUGGAAAAAAUGCUCCCACUAAAUUCAAUUUGAACCUUUAUUGGCUAGACAACACCACACAUUCAUCACAAGGAGCUUAUAAACCUGGUGGCUCCCCUCUCUUACUGAAGGUAAGGACAGAUUUGGACAGAGUCACACCAGCAGUUAAGAGGGUUCUGGACAAGCUCCCGCCUUGGUGUUCCCUGUUCGGUAAAUCCACCUCGCCAUACACAUUCUCUUUCUUAACCACUCUCCCAGUUGAUUUCUAGAUACUCUCUCUCUCUCUCUCUCUCUCUCUCUCUCUCUUUUGUAGUAGAGCACUCUUGCUUUUAGAAUUUGGAUGUAUUAUGUAUAAGAUGUUAUUUAAAACAAUGUGGUAUGGUUUUGCCAGUAUUGGUUCUUUAGAACAUGCCAAUCUGUUGUUGAUUGUAAAUAGAUUGAAACGCUGAUGAUUUUUUGUAAAUGCGGGAGGGGAAUAAUAAUGGAUGCUGCUGAAAUUACCAGGGGUAUCAAUGACAGUCUGAUGUUUAUAGCUUAUUAAACUGAAAUAGUGGAAUAUUUGAAGUUGAGUGAGAUGUCA